AUAAGUAUUCUUUCUAAAUUCGAUUUAAAAAAAAGUUAAAAAUAUGGGGCUUGAUUAUUAUGGAUUGCUGGAAUUGAAUAGAAAUGCUACAGAUGAAGAUAUUAAGAAAGCGUUUAGGAGGCUGUCAUUAAAAUUUCACCCACAGAGAAAUGAUGAUCCUAACUCAGCAAAACGGUUUCAUGAUAUUUGCGAAGCCUAUGACGUACUACGUUCUCCAAAAUGGAAAGCUUUGUACGACCAAUUUGGAGAAGAUGGAAUAAAAAAUGGUGUGCCUGUGCCCCCUGGUCCAAAUGAAGAAGAAGGUCCAAUAGAAGUAUACACUUUUCAUGGAGAUGAAAUGAAA